AACAAUUUCCUAUAUAAACCCACCAUUAAUCCCACCCUAAUCUCGCAGCCUUCUAUGACCUCACCAUCGAUCCAUUCCCACAGCCAUGUCUAACAUCCCCAUCUCCCUCUGCAACUCUUCUUUCUCUCUCUUCCUCCUCAUCAUCUCCAUCUCCCUCUCCGACGACCCCUGGCCUUUCUCUCUCCUCUAGGGCUUCCUUCCUUUCUAUUCCUUUUUUUUUUCCUUCGGAAGGAGAUCAUGGGAGGCGGCGGUGGAGGGAAGAAGGGGGCGGCGCCGCCGAAGGGAUGUAUAGCUUUCAGAGUAGGUGGGAAGGGGGAGGAGAUGCAGCGGUUUGUUGUGCCCGUGGAGUACGUUAACCACCCUCUCUUCGCGGGGCUGCUCAAGGAGGCGGAGGAGGAGUAUGGCUUCGAGCAAAAGGGUUCGAUAAGGAUUCCGUGCCACGUGGAGGAUUUCAGGCAUGUGCAGGGUGUAAUAGACCGCGAGAACGCCGGACAUGGCCAGCUUCAUCUUCACUUCUCUAGAUGCUUUAAGGCUUGACUGUGUGCUUCAUGGCUUAUUUGGUUUCCCUCCUCCUCCUGUAAAAGCUUUUUUAUUUUUAUUUUAAGGAAAGGAUCGAUGAUAUGACGAAAUAUCUUGUAUUUUAUUAUGAACCGGAUAUGUUUGUUUACAUUAUUAUUUUUUC